AUGUGUGAAGAAUUAGUAGCAAAGAUGAUUAACUACAAGGUUCAGCUUGAGCAAGUCGAGGCAGCCUUAUAUCAGAAUCAAGAAAAUGAAGACUUGCUCAAAUUGAAAAGAGAUCUGCAAGAAGUGAUAGAGCUGACCAAACAGCUCAUUUCUUCCGAUGCCCAACCUUCAUCCUCCCUGAAAGGUGCUGAAGAUGACAAUGAUGUCUGCAAUCAGCGUCCCUCCUGGAAAGUGGGGGAUGACUGCAUGGCCAUCUGGAGUAAAAAUGGCCAGUACUACAAAGCCAAGAUUGAAGAGAUAGAUAAAGAGAAUGAGGCCGUGACCAUCUCGUUUGAUGGCUAUGCCACUGUUGAAGUCACAUCUCUGCUGAACCUGAAGCCCAUUGAGGAAGAAAAGGAGUUAGGAGAGGCCGACAGAAAGGCCAAGGCAAAGAAGGAAAAGCUAGCCCAGCAGCGAGAAUAUAAGAGGAAGAAAGCUUGGAAGAAAGCCCAGCGAGCCAAGGAAAUAGAUCAGCAAAGAGAGGAUCAGAAGGACAAAUGGCAAAAGUUCCACAACAAGACCUCCUUGAAGAAGGCAAAAGGCCAGAUCAAAAAGAGUAUCUUUGCAUCCCCCGAGACCUUAAAUGGUAAGGUGGGGGUUGGAACGUGCGGCAUUGCAGAUAAACCCAUGACACAGUUUCAAGAUAACUCAAAAUACAACGUCCGCCAUUUGAUGCCUCAGUAACCAAAGACGCUGGUUGAAUUGUUCUGUACAGGGGUCUGCAUUUCCCUUUGUAAUGCCAUAUUUUUCUAAAGGCAAAUUAUUUGUUAGUUACAAAGGAAGAGAUAUUUGUUGGUAUAUUUUGGGGGGAGGGGGUGUUUAACUGACUUCAAAGGAUGGUACUAAACUUGAUGAAAUUGCUUUUGAUAACUGCUUGCUUCUCGACCGAUUUUCUUCAUUUCUGCCUCCAUUUGGUACAACCCAGAGUUUGUACCCUCACAGAACUGUACUAAGCUAACACUACCUGAAUGUAGGCUGACACUACACUUAGCUGAAGCCUUCACUUUCCAGAUGAUCAACUUUUCUACCUGAGAAUUGGGUGCUUAGUUAUAACUUCCAACUUACAGAUCCUGUUAGUUUGGAGCAUAUCCCAACAGCCAUUGGAGCUUCCUGGUAAAUCACCAGCCUGCUGAGCUAAUGGACUCUUCCAACAUUCUCUGACCUCAGUUUGGAAUCUAACUGUUCUCAUCAAAUUAUGCCUAGACAGAAGUUCAAAACAAAGGAAGCUUUCCACAAAAGAAGUGUCUCCACCCCUACAGCUAGUGUCUUGAGUCUCCCUAGUCCUCUCUGGAAUUAUUUCAGCCUUCUUGAACUUUUCAUUAAUAUUUUGUCCUCUAAGAAAAGCCAUGUUGAAGACCCACUAGCUUUCAUAAGUUUUCUAUGGGUUGUUUUUUUUCUCUAUUGACUUUCAUUUCUACCUUUGGAGCCAUUUUAGGGUACAUAAUGUUUACAUGAGAAAAACACAUAUGAAAUCUAAUGUAGAACCUGAUAUACAAUGAAUAUAUUAUUUUUGUAAAAACUAAGUCUGAACUAAUGAACAAAAAUGAUUCCAAUUUUUUUGCCAUGUAAAAGCAAUUUAUAUAUUCAUCUUACCAUAAGUAUACCAAGCCCUUGUAUCUGGGUGUGUGAUUUUUGUUAUCUAGAGACAGACAUUAACAUUCAUUGAUGUAAGUGACCAUUGCGGUUACCAGAGUGGUACUCAUCCAAAGUUAAAUCCUGCAAGGGACAGUUCGGAAUGGCCUCUAUAAAUUGACUAACAAGUGAAGGCAUUCGGGAAAGUCGUGAAUGACAUUUAUAAAAUAACGCAAAGUUGAGAAAAAAGAAAAGGAGAAUCUGAAGAAUGGGAUGUAACCAUGAAAAAAAGAAAAAUGAAUGAAAAUAAAAGUACAAAGAAUUAGAAUGAGGACUUAGAGGAAGUAAAUGAAAGGCUGUUCCAACUCUCUAUGCAUUGAAAUUAGUUAAUUUAAAUGAAGUUGCUGACAGAAUUGACAUUCAAAGUGAAGGUGUUUUCAUGAGCUUUUUCAUUUCAAAAAUAGAGAAAAGGUGGUUCCUACUAAUGAAAGUUGGUGAUCUGUAU